CUACUGCAGCACUCGCCGUUGUUCAGAGAAGACUGAAAAGCAACAAGAACUGCCCUCUCCAGCAUUGCUGCAAGUCGGAAGAGGACAGCAGUAAGUAAUUUGUCCUUUGCAAAACGAAGCAGUUCUUGAGUGCCUGUUGCUGUACUUGAUAUAAGAUCUUCAUAUUUCUGCUAAGGGGAAAACUCAGCUCUGCCUCUCAGCUCUCAUGCAGGAUGCCAGAAGCAGAAGAGUGUUAUUCCCCCUGCUUGCAGUGCAGGACACCGCAGUGGAAAAGCAGCUGCCUCUGCCUGAGUGGGCUGCUGGAAAGGGUGGCUGGCUGAUUACUCAGCCCCUGCCUGACAGCACCGUGCUGCUCUGUACACCUCCUUCCUGGGGCUGGUGCUGUGUGAGUGCAGUCUGCCACUAGCUCUGUCCGGCUGCAUGUGCAUGCUGCUGCAGUGUGGGAGGAGCAGGCGGGUGCCCUCAACUUGCAGCCGAGGGUGGAAGCUUUUUGGGGUUUGCUGUUGCUGCUUGAGGCUUUCAUAGAGUUGCGGCAUCUGAGCUGGGAUGAUGCAGGCACACAGAAGCAGAGCUGGGUCUUCCCCCAGGGCUCAGUCUGGGCCAGCCUCGGCAGUUUUUGGCUGCCACAUGGAAGAUCACACAAAGCGCGUCCAGCCCAUCCCACUCCCAGCCAUGCAGCAGAACUUGAACUAUAUGCACCCCCAGAUCUUUUGGGUGGAUGGCUGUGCCGAUGCCAGUACCUCCUGCCAUCCAGCAUCCCCUGUCGCUCCCUUCCCUCCACCGGUACCCGAUCGGAGGAAAAAGCCAAAGAGCAACAGAGAAAGGAGCAGCGUCGGCUUCCUGGUGAUCUUCUUGCUGAUCCUGCUGGCCCUCACUGGAGUGGGGCUGAGCAUGUUUCAGAUUUUCCACCUGGAGAAGGAACUGGCUGAACUCAGAGAGUCUGUCAGCACUGAACACAUCCCUCCAGCCCUGGAGAAGCUCAUAGGGCAGGGGAGCAAGCCAGUGAAAAAGGAAGCAAGGAAGGCAGCACACUUAACAGGGAACCCCACACAGCGGAACCUCCCAUUGGAGUGGGAACCCAUCUCUGGUCAUGCCUUCACCAGUGGCGUUCAGUACCGUGCCCAGGGCCUUGUGAUCAAUGAGACUGGUCUGUACUUUGUGUACUCCAACGUGCUUUUCCGGGGAAGGCACUGUGACAACGAGGUGCUGACACACGUUGUCUACAAGAGAAACCCAGCUUCACCAGGCAGCCACGUGCUGAUGGAGGACAAGCGCAUCAACUACUGUACAAAGGAGAAGAUGUGGGCCCGGAAAAGCUACCUGGGGGCUUUAUUCAAGCUCAGGGAGAGGGACAGUCUGUAUGUCAACGUUUCCAAAAUUGAUCUGGUUAACUUUGAGGAAUCCAAGACAUUCUUUGGGUUAUUUAAGCUUUAAGUGGUGCUGUUGAAAUGUGGCUGGCAGCACCCCACGCACUGGGACAUGCAGGGCAUGACGGCCUCUUGAGAGGCAACGGUCCUAUGUUGCCAAAACCAAAGCAGGGUCUCACUCUAGGAAACCCAUCAAGAAACCACGUUUCAGCCUUCUGCAUGAGAAGGCUCAAGCAACAGGUAAAAGCUUGAAACCAGACCUCUAGGAAGCACCUGGGCUGUCCUGUGGCUGUCUGAAGAGAAUCACGCAUUUUCUUCCUCCGAAUAAAACCACCGCCCUGAAAUGUAGUGCAUCAAAGACCCUGUUGAAACUCACUACUUGCUCGAGAAGACUGCUACCUGAGAAAGUGCCAGGGCCUCAGCAGCACUGGCCCACACAUGCUGUUAUGCCCCCCAUGAGCUCAGGCCAUUUGGGGACAGCUGGCCUGUGUCCAAGAGGCCAUCAGUCUGAGCUGUGCUGUGCCACGCCAUCGGUGGUGAUGUAGGAGUGAGCUCAGGCUGCUUCCCCUGAGCAAUGGUCUGCCCAUCCCACCUGGACACUUGGCACUGUAAAUUGUCUGGCAGGCACCCACCUACCAGUUGGCUUGUUAAGCAUGGUAGGUUUGUUUUGUGUUAAAUUAUUGACUGUUCCCUUCCCAGAAAAUAUCCCCACCCCUUUAUUUAACUCACCUUGCAAGGAAUGUGCUGGAAGUGGUGAUGUUGUGAGGGGUCCUGGCCCUGUGGUGAAAACAAGGUCUUGCUGAAUCCUCCCCAUCCUAUGGUGAUGGGUACAGCAUAAGGGCCAGGUACCCUUCUCACUGAUAGGACCUGAGCAAACCAGCCCUAGCUGAGCAUGGGAUGCUCUCUCCUGGGCAAAACACAGAUGGUAAAUAAAGGUAUAUU